AUGGAUGUGCAGAGUGUGGCAUUUUGGCGCAGAGAGCUCGUUCUUAUUGGCCGACAGUUUUAUGGGUCUCAUAUACUGGAUGGAGGGGAGGGAGGAGGAGGAGGAGGAGGAGGAGGAGGAGAGGAAGGAGGAGGAGGAGGAGGAGGAGGAGGAGGAGGAGGAGGAGGAGGAGGAGAGCCCAUAAUGCAGAUGAGGGGUUCUCAUGAUCAUCCCAAUGCAGUUAAUUUUAAAUACAGAUUGAAAAACUUUUUGCUAGGUAAGGAUAUAGAACUUGUUAGCGAUAAGGCAAACUGCGAUAAAGGAAAUGAAAACCUUGACCCGUUAUCCCAUGAAAUGGUAUCAUCUGGACGUGAUGGAAACGGACCUGAUAAAUCUUUCCAUGACAGGGAACUGGCCUUGGAAAUAUGUAUGACAAACAUAAUUUUUAGAGACCUGGAAUUUGAUGUGGAUCUUAAGAAUGACGAAAUGUUCUCUGAGGAAACAGAAUUUGCUAAAUGUCAGAAAUCAGGAGGCACCACGGGAUCUGUUAUCGAGGAAGAGUCCUUAAGAUAUAUCGGUGGAUAUGCAAGUGAAAAAGUUUUCCUUUAA